AUGAUUAAGUCAGACAAGGUUGACACUUGUUCUAUUAACAAGUAUACGAAGAGACGAAGACGGAUACCCUCAGGGGUCACUCGGAAAGGAUAUUCGAAAAGGAAUCUGGGAACGAACAAAUAUUCAGGAAUUAUUACGUGGUACGUCCCCAACAAAAAUCUAGAGAAAUCAGGCAUCAUGUCCCCUAUGUCACGUCUUGGAAAAGCGCACAACAAAAAGAAGAUCACCUUUUCUAAGCAAAUGCCCACUACUCUAACAUUCUCACAAGAGACCAACGGCUCACACCCAGCUGUCACCAUCAUUCAUACCUUGGUUAGCUAUGGCGAUGGAUCAUACACAAGUGGUGAAAUUGGUAGUGAACAUCUCAAACUCGGAACAACUCCUGUAAAUGGCUUUGUUUUCGGGUGUGGUAGAAACAACAAGGGCUUGUUUGGUGGAGCCUCAGGACUAAUGGGGUUAGGAAGAAGUGAUCUCUCAUUAAUUUCUCAAACUGAUUCAUUGUUUAAAGGAGUUUUCUCUUAUUGUUUACCUUCAAGUACAGAGCCUAAUGCUUCAGGCUCAUUAGUUAUGGGAUUUGACUCAUCUACUUACAAAAAUUCAACACCAAUUUUAUUUACCAAAAUGGUACAAAAUCCACAACUGCCCACUUUCUAUUUUCUCAACAUGACUGGAAUUAGUGUUGGUGGAGUGGCAUUAUCACUUUCAAAUUCUUCUUCUAAUAAUUCUUUUGGUAAAGGUGGGAUUUUGAUUGAUUCUGGUACAGUCAUAACAAGGCUAGCUCCAUCAGUUUACAAGAUUGUGAAAGAAGAGUUUGUGAAACAAUUUUCUGGGUUUCCUUCAGCACCUGGAUUUUCAAUAUUGGACACGUGUUUCAAUCUGAGUGGGUAUGAUCAAAUCAACCUUCCAACAUUGAAAAUGCAGUUUGAUGGAAAUGCUGCUGAGUUGAGUAUUGAUGUGACUGGUGUUUUGUAUAUGGUUAAAACUGAUGCUUCUCAGAUUUGUUUGGCUUUGGCAAGUUUGGCUUAUGAAGAAGAAAUUGGUAUUAUUGGAAAUUAUCAACAGAAGAAUCAAAGGGUUAUUUAUGAUACUAAAGGCUCUAAACUUGGAUUUGCAGAAGAGAUUUGUAGUUUUAAUUAAAUAUCAUACAUUUUCAUUUAGAUAAUUUGGUUGGGUUUUGUGUAUAUAUUAUUUUGUUGUUGUGAAAGAGAAAAAUAAAAAGAAUAAAUGGGUUACACAGUAUAUGCAAUUUGUGAAUUGUGAUU